CUUGACGUUUUAGGAGUUGAGGUUAACCCUACCAAGGGAAAACAAUUUUCAAAUAUAUUUUUUCCGAAAUAUGGAACAUGCACAGGAUACUGAACAUGAAGAUCAGGAUUUGUUCACACAUUUUCCAGCUGUUGUCCAGAAAGCAAUCGAAGAGGUACUGCCAAGCAAAGAUCCAUUAGAUGAGCCCGAUUUCAAUAGCAUUGAUUACAUUAACUCAUUAUUCCCCACUGAGCAAUCCCUCUCUAAUAUAGAUGAAGUAGUGUUAAAAAUGGAAAACAAAAUCAAUGCAAUAGACAAUGAAAUAAGUAGCGUAGUUCGGGGCCCAAAUUGAGGCAGUGAAGAUGGAAACAAGCUCUAGAAGAGGCGCAAAAGGUCAUUAAGCAGCUAUUCACACACAUCACUGAUAUAAAGGAGAGGGCAGAAAAGUCAGAGGAGAUGGUGCGAGAAAUAACAAGGGAUAUCAAGCAGCUAGACUGUGCUAAAAAGAAUCUAACGCUAGCUAUAACAACACUGAACCAUCUGCAUAUGCUAGUAGGGGGUGUGGAUACACUGAAAUCACUCACUCAGAAAAGAUUCUAUGGCGAAAUAGCUUUGCCUCUGCAAGCAAUUAGUGAGGUAAUGACACAUUUUGAAAAUUAUACAGAUAUACCUCAAGUAAAGAACCUUAGUGAUCAAGUGAAACAAAUACAUGUUGAAUUAGCAGAGCAGAUUACACAUGACUUUAAGGAAGCGUUCUCAGGUUCAAACAAGACUACAAUUCCGAAUAAACAGCUGGCCCAAGCGUGUUUAGUGGUAUCAAUCCUAGAUCCAAAAGUGAAACGGGACCUCCUGAAAUGGUUCAUAGACCUUCAACUGCAGGAAUACCACCACUUGUUCAAUGAAACUGAAGAUACAGCUUGGCUCGAUAAGAUCGACAAGCGCUAUGCUUGGCUUAAAAGACAUCUCUUGGAAUUUGAGGACCGCUUAGGGAAUAUGUUUCCCCAAAAUUGGGAGGUUUCAGAACAGAUCGCAGUCCAGUUUUGCCAUAUUACCAGGGAAGAACUCUCAAAAAUAAUGGCAAAAAGGAAGAAUGAGAUUGAUGUGAAAUUGUUGCUCUAUGCUAUUCAGAAGACAUCUGCUUUUGAAAAUCUGCUCUCCAGAAGAUUUACAGGAGUUACUCUCAGUGAAGAUUGUGCCAAAUCAGAAGGAUCCAGACACGUGAAGCAGGCGGAUUUGACAGCUGACACUUUGGAUGAGAGGGAUAUGGAUUUGAAUUCAUCACCUUUUCAUGGGCUAAUUGGUAAAUGUUUCAUCCCACAUCUGCAAAUCUACAUCGACAGUGUGGACAGAAAUCUCUCUGACCUGAUAGAUCGUUUUGUCAUGGACCAAAAACAGAGCAUUCCCACUGAAGCUACCGAAACCCAGGCCGCCAUCUUGCCCAGUUGUCCAGAUUUGUUUGUAUUUUAUAAAAAGAGCAUGAUUCAAUGCAACCAGCUGGAUAGAGGGCAAACCAUGCUCAGUCUGGCAAAAGUUUUCCAAAAAUAUUUGCACGAGUAUUCCGAAAAGUUGCUUAUGAGCAAUUUACCUAAAAUAGAAACGCAGACGUUAGGUGCUUCUAUGCAGAAUUUCACCAAAGAUUUACAGAAAAUAUCUACGUCGGGAUUAAUACAUAAUUUUUCAUCACUUUUGAAGGAAGGUGAAGUCACAAGGUUCACAAAAGAUGAGCAAACAAAAAUUUGUUACGUUUUAACUACCGCAGAGUAUUGUUUAGAAACCACACAACAGUUACAAGAUAAGCUAAAGGAGAAAAUUGAUCCUUCCUUGGCAGAUCAGAUAGAUUUUUCUAAGGGGCAAGAUGACUUCCACAAGUAAGCCUCGAGUAUUGUGACAAUAAAUUCAUAAUAUUUGCGUUUUUAGAGUAAUCUCGAAUUGUAUACAGAUUUUGGUGCAAGAUUUGGAAAAUGCUUGUGAACCUGCCCUAACAGCUAUGAGUAAGAUUCAAUGGCAGAACUUCGAUACAGUUGGAGACCAAAGUCCGUACAUCACGGCGAUAACAACACACCUAAAAAACGACAGUUCCUAUAAUCAGGGAUAAUUUAUCGCAUUCCAGAAAAUAUUUCACCAAGUUUUGUAUCAAGUUUGUGGAUAGUUUUCAUUCCAAAGUUUAUUCAAUGUAUUUAUAAGUGCAAACCGAUUAAAUCAGAAGGUGCAGAACAGCUUUUGCUUGACACUCAUAUGUUGAAGACGGUCCUGUUGAAUCUGCCAUCGAUUGCUUCUCAGAUUAACCAUCCUGCGCCAGCAGCAUAUACAAAGGUGGUUACAAAAGGACUGACAAAAGCAGAAAUGAUUUUGAAAGUGGUGAUGACACCAGUUGAUCCUCCGAAGAAUUUUGUUGAGCAAUAUAAAAUGCUGCUUCCCGACUGCCACUUAACAGAGUUUUAUAAAGUUCUGGAGAUGAAAUGCCUCAAGAGACAAGAACAGGCUGUGCUGGUAGAAUUGUUUAAAAGCUACAAAUAAUUAUACGUACUCAAAUAUGUAAAUUUUAGUUUAAAGUAUUUUUUAUUUAUUUUAUUCAUAUAUUGUUUACGUAAUUUAUGAUGAGUAUUGAAUUAAUAAAUUUCUAUUGACA